AUGGUUAAACGACCACUCGAAGUUAUUCAUACCUUGACGAUCAACGAAGCAAGUCCGGACUACAAUGAUGUAGCAAAGGUCAUUGAUAUUAAACGAUACAGUUGUCUAACGCGAUUGCUACGAGUUACAGCGUAUGUACUUCGAUUUAUACGAAAUGCAAGAGUUCAACACAACAAUCGAUCUGAAACAACGAAGGAUCUAAACGGAAAGGAGAUAAGUGAAGCUGAAACUCUUUGGAUCAAGUCCGUACAACGUGAGUCGUUUCCAUCUGAACACAAAGUUCUGACGAAAG